AUGUCUAACUUUUCAUUUCAUAAUAAAGAAAAACGAUCUAUAAGCCAAUCGCUAAACCCUAUUUGCCGUUUUGAAUAUAUUACGCUUGAAGGCAUUAAAACAAUUCAAAAUCAAAUUAACAAAUCACGAAAUUUAAAGGAUCCUUUAUUGGAAGCAGCCAAAAUAGGGGUUUAUAUUGAAACUUUAAGUCAAACUUUAUUGGAAUUCGGAUUCCAGUAUCAAAAAAAUGAAGAAAAUGGACAAUAUACAAUUUUUGACAAUAAUAAAAAUAAAGAGAAACGAUGUGUGAUUCACGACAAUCUUGAUGAUGGGCAGAGAUAUGAUGAGCCCGUGGCGGUGUCUUUGGAUGAAUUAGAAAACGAUGGAAAUGGGAAUUACUACGACUUUGAAGAUGCAGAAAUUUAUGAUGCGGAAAUAUUGACAAAGAGGGGUCAACAUAAUAUAGAAAGGGUGGAUGCGUUAUGGGAAAAACACAGGGGUCAGAAAAGUCGGGAGAUAGAAGCUGAAACGGCAUGUCAAGCAGAAACUAUCGAAGAGGUGGUUGAAUUAUGCAAUGGAUAUGCAAUUGGACAUGAGUAUUAUAAUUAUUUAUAA